AUGGAAACUGGUGACUGGAGAACUCAACUGCCCAGAGAUUUUCGAGGAAAAUUUGUCAAAAGGAUUAUAGAUACCCUAACGAAGUGUACGCCACCUUCUGAAGAUCCUUCAUCCCAACUGAGGAAGAUACAGAGUGUUGCACUGAAAUUCGAGAAAAAGGUUUAUAUGGACUCCAGUGACCAGAGUGAAUAUGUGAGGAAGAUAAUGGUAAAGUUGAUGGCAGCAGAGGGAUCACAUCCAAAUGUCGUGCCUAAAUCGACAUCAAACCUUCCCGGCGCUGGUCCAAAAGCCUUAAAUCUCAAUCAAGGUCAAUCAGUUGCUGUUCAAUCCGCAGAUCAGUCUCAAGCAUGUGAAGUUCCUGAACAGCGUUCAUUGCUUGGCGUUCAAAAUAAUAGUACAUGUGCUGGAGUUUCUGCUAACUUGGCACCUGCACGGUCCACUGUCAGUGCUUCAGCUCAGGUUCUCUUGCCAAGUCAGAAUCCAUUUUCACUGAAGUCAGUAGGAAAUUCGUCAGGGAAAGGGAUACCUUUUAAUGAAUCUGCCAGUAAUUUCAAGCAGGAGCAAGUAAAACAACAUUCAUCCCGCAUUGAUACUCAUCCAAAUCCACAUCAUUGUAGGCAGGUCAAGCAGAAAUAUGAUGAUCCUCAGAAGAGCCAUCAGCAACUAAAUCCAAAUCUAUGUAAGCAGGUCAAGCAGGAACAUGUUGCACCAUCAUACAUAACUCAGCAACACAAAGUACAUCAGCAGCAAUGUAUAGAUCCUGAGCAGAAUCAUCAGCAACUAAAUCCAAAUCUUUGUAAGCAGGUCAAGCAGGAACAUGUUGCACCGUCAUGCAUAACUCAGCAGCACCACCACAAUCAGAAACUCGUAAAGCACACUCAGCAACAGAGCCCUCAACAAUCUGUCAUCCAAACUCCUCUUCUACGACCUUCUGAGAUGCAUGUUGCUCCACUUUCUGAUUGUCGACAGGAUCAGAGUUCUUUUAAACAGACACAAUCUGUGAUUAAGAAUAAUCAUCAAAUAACCUUUGGGCAAACAAAUCCAGAAGACACUCCUGAUAUUCAUCAAAAAGUAUCAUCAACCCCUGAGCAGGCGCAAUCACAGAGGCAACCACAUGCAAGUAGAUUGAGUCCUACUAAUGUACAACAGAAUCAUUUAAGUGGGCAGCAACAUCAUAGGUUGCCAUCGCAGCACAAUAGUCUACUACAGGAGUUUAAGGGGCAAAGUUUAAUUCGUUCAGGUGCAAACCAUGAAACCCAAAAAAACCAUAUCUCUGUACCACAUGGGAGCUCACAACUGCCUGAAGGUGGUAGCUCAGGCAAGCGUCAAUGUGAGAGUAAAAUGCAGGGGGAAACCAGACGGACUGAUUUCGCUCUGCUGCCAAAUCAAGUGCAAGAAUCACAACCACAGAAUCUUGAUAGGCAACUAAAAACUCAAUCACAGUCGAAUAAGAUGCCAAGUCUGCCAAGUUCAGGGAGGAUGCAAAUAUCAGCUUCCACAUAUGGCCAAGGGAUUUCAAACGUAGAUAACUUGCAAGAGGAGCUCUAUCAGAAGGUUGAAAUUUUAAAAAGCAAAUAUUUAGCAUCACUGACAGGGAUCGAGCAAAAGAUAGCAUGUUAUUUCCAGAAGCUCCAAUCUAUCCCUGAACACCCCGAACGAAACAAUAUCAAGAAACUCAAAGCAAUGAAGCACAUGCAUUACAUGGUCAAAUUUCACAUUAUGAACCUAAAUGUGCCUAAACACAAAAUUACACCUGCUAGCAGGGAAAAGCUGGGGUUAAUGGAGGAAAAAAUUGUUUCUUUCCUUCACAUAGUUGAGCAACGAAAGCCUGCUACCUUACUGCAGGAUGGAAGAUGUUCCAAUAUGCACUCUAUGCCUCAGUCGGUGCAACUUCAUUCUCAGGCUUCUCAAGGUCACACAAGGGAAAAUGAAAAGAAACUGCCAUCGCAGUCGGUGAACAUACAGUGUUUUGAUACAAAUACACACAACAGCAAGGUGACAGUGAAUGAUUCUGAUUCUCUAUCUGAACCUCCAAUCCUGCAACAUGACAUGGUGCAUAUGCGACAGAAUUUGACUGAACAAGAUUCCGAAAAAGCAAACUCUUUGAAGUCAAUAAACCAGGUUACUUCAGAGUCCUUUAAACUUCCUAGAAGAAGCCCCCAAAAACCAAAUAAUAUGCUGUCACAAAAUCCUGCACUCAGACUAAAGUCGCAUGUGAAUCCUCUCGAGUCAAGCUUCAAUUUACUUCAAGACAUGCACCUGAAGCAUACUAAUGAACAGCCAGUUAUUAAAACCUCAAAUAAAGAACUUCGAAGGCACAAGUCGCAGCAGCAGUUAGUGCAACCGAAUCAGCAAAUACCACAGCAGCAUCACCAGUCACCAGAGUUACAGUGUAGGGAUUACACUCCUAAUCCUUUGCCCAAAAGUCUUAAACCUUCCUCUCGACAAGUUCCUCAACAUUCUUCUGUGAGUGAAAAGAAGAAUCUUCCAAUGCUUCCUAUAAAACCUAUAUCUCCUGUCAUUUCAAGAAGCUCACCCAAGGUUGGAAUUUCUUCUUUGGCUCCCUUAACAUCAGCACCUAUACAAGGGGAUUCUGAGAAACCUAUGUCGGAAACUUCGUUGGUUUCAAAUGUAGUAAAUAUUGGAGGUCAACAAGCACAUGGUGCUCCAGAAGCCAUCCAUUGUUCUUUUGAUGGGUUGAAUGCUGCUGAGCAGCCUAUUCAGAGAUUGAUUAAAAUGGUUAACUUGGUGUCGAGUAAAGCACUAAGUUCUUUUGCUUCAGAUAUUGGUUCAGUAGUUUGUAUGACUGAUAGAAUGUCUGGACCAGAUACGGUUCAGAGAUCUGGAGCUACGAUCAGUGAUUUGGCAGACACGACCAAUUUUCAUUUGCAGAAGGAAAUGACUGUUGGAACAAGGAUAAUGAAGCGUCACAGAAGUACGCCAAAUAGCUAUGGGGCUCCAGGAAAUGGCAGUAUAAAUGAAAGCUUGUCACAGCUAAGUGAUAUGGAAAAGUUUGACUUGGAUUCAGCUGCAGUAUCUUCUAGCAAACGGCGUAGACUUGAGGUGAAUCAUCUCUUAGAAGAAAUUACAGCAAUCAACCAACGACUAAUAGACACUGUUCUAGAUAUCAGUGAUGAAGAGACUAUUUCAUCAGUAGCCUCAGCUCCAAUUCUCAAUGGUGAAGGAGCUAUUGUAAGCUGCUCCUUCAUAGCUGUGGCCUUCUCUCCUAGUCUGAAGGCUGAACUGGAGCUGCUUCCAAUCCAGCCUUUGCGAUUGCUUGUUCCUGCAAAUUAUCCUUUGUGCUCUCCAAUAUUUGUGGACAAAUUGAAAGUGGAAGUCAGUGAUGAUCAAGAUCUUUCAGCAAAGGUAAAGUCAAAGCUCAAUUUCUCUCUCCGGAACCUGACAGAACCCCUGUCACUUGGCGAGAUAGCAAGGACAUGGGACGUAUGUGCCCGAGCGGUGAUCUCUGAGUAUGCAGAGCAGAAUGGGGGAGGAAGCUUCAGUUCCAAGUACGGCACCUGGGAAGACUCCCUUAGCGCUGCAGCUGCUUGAAUCAAUUGUCGUGGAGAAUUGAGAUUGCAUCGUACAGGCUCAUGUAAGCUGAUUGUUUUAAACCUCAGUGAUGAUCUUAUAAAACAUUAAAUCUCAUCAAUUGCAUGGUGUGAUAGGUAGUUAGAUAAA